UGAGGGUAUAUCAUGUGAGACAAAAAAUGGCGGAUAGGGUGAAUAUAUAUUUAGCGGUUUAAGGAAAUGCAAACAAUGCAAAACAUAAAAACAAAAAGAACAGAAGAUCUGUCACCGAUAAUCCGGAAACACAUUCCAACUUAAUGCAAAGAUUAUUACUGGCUGCUGACGUCAGAAAACUUCAAAGCGCUGUUGCGGGUUUUAUGCUUGUCACUCGGGACCCCGUGAAGAACGGGGACCCUGGAAAAUGUUUUCAUUUCUUUCUUAUGGCAGGCUUGUGGCUAGAGCGGUGCUGGGCAGCCUUACUCAGACCGAUUCCCGGGAUUACAGUCUGGUCACUGCAAGUUGUGGGUUUGGGAAAAAUUUUCGAAAGGGGCUACUGAAGAAGGGGAUGUGUUAUGGAGAUGACGCUUGUUUUAUAGCUAGACAUAGGAUGGCAGAUGUGUUAGGUGUAGCAGAUGGAGUCGGAGGAUGGAGAGACUAUGGUGUUGAUCCUUCCCAGUUCUCAGGGACUCUAAUGCGAACGUGUGAGCGCUUAGUGAAGGAAGGACGAUUUGUACCAAGCAGACCUGUAGGAAUUCUCACCACAAGCUACUAUGAGCUGUUGCAGAACAAAGUACCUUUACUAGGCAGCAGUACAGCCUGCAUUGUAGUCUUGGACAGGAGGAGUCACUGUUUACACACUGCUAAUCUUGGAGACUCUGGAUUUUUGGUGGUCCGAGGAGGAGAGGUUGUACAUCGUUCAGAUGAGCAACAACAUUACUUCAACACCCCCUUUCAGUUAUCUAUAGCACCUCCAGAAGCAGAAGGAGUUGUCUUUAGUGACAGCCCUGAAACUGCUGACAGUACAUCGUUUAGUGUUGAGCUUGGUGACAUUAUUUUAACAGCAACAGAUGGUCUUUUUGACAACUUGCCUGAUUAUGUGAUCCUUCAGGAGUUGAAGAAAUUGAAAAACACCAGUUUUGAGAGUAUACAGCAGACUGCAAGAAGCAUUGCAGAGCAAGCUCAUGAACUAGCAUAUGAUCCAAACUACAUGUCUCCUUUUGCACAGUUUGCAUGUGAUAAUGGCUUGAAUGUAAGGGAUUAGCUGCAGUUUGACUUGAGCCUUGUUGUGUACAGGAGGGAAGCCAGAUGACAUAACUGUUCUUCUGUCAAUAGUUGCAGAAUAUACAGACUAGCUUGGAUUGUUUGCCUCUGAUGUUUCCUAUUUUUGUUGCACCAGUUCCUGCUGGCAGGAUAUUUGCUUACUAUGUAAAACCCUAGUUAAGCACUGAUACUGUUAUAAGGGGCACACUACUUGUUAAAAAGAAUGCAGGGUGUGUUGAAAACAUAUUUUUUGGCCUUAUCAUGCAGAAGCAAAAUUGGUUGUAGUAUCUGACGAGUUUUAUAGACCAAUGUGUGGGUAAUUAUUUUUGAUUUCUCUGAAAAUAUGUAUAGUGUGAUAAACAUUUUUUUACUGUGUGGCAUCCACAAUCUUUGUUACAAACAUGACAUGUUGGACUAAAAACUAUUACUUUAUUUUUUCUUUAAUUUCAAAAUAGAAAAAUCUAAGUUAUUGAUA